AUGGAAAAUAGAAAAAAAUUAAGUGAUGAUGCACCUACGCAUCCUCAGCAGUGCCGAAUAUGUGGCGAUGUUGCACGUGGUUCUUUACCACUUGGUCUUCUUCAAAAUGAUCGCUCAACAUUAACAACUAAUGAAUGGACUCUUCUUUCGAAUUGUCUUCAUGCAUUUGAUGAGCAGAAUCCUUCUGCACGAAUUCAAAAUUCGUUAAAUGAGUUAACUUCACUACCACCCAAAUUACGUUUGAAACCAUUAGAGCUCACGAAUCUUAUUCGCGAACUUUUUAGCAGUAUUGGACCACUCAUUGAACGUUCAUCAGAUUUUCAUUCGUUACCAGUUAAUGUUCGUCAAAUUCUUGUUAAACGUAAUUUGUACAUCACUGGCUCGAUGAAUGGACUCUUUUUGUGUCGUGAGCUGCACGUAUUGGAUAAUAUGUCUGUUCUCAAUUCUUACACCCAGUUGUAUGGUUGUGAAUAUAUGAUAGAAUGUCGUCGAAAAAUUGCACGAUAUGAUCCAAAUGGAAGUCUUAUUAAAAUCUUCGUAUUCAUAUUAGCUUUUUCAAGCAAUUGCUCACUUGUUACAUAUGAUAGUCAAGCAGAUCUUACAAUUAUGUCAAACUCAAUCCAUUUGGUUCCUAUUCAAAAUGUAUAUAUUACGAUGUUGUGGAAAUAUAUGAUAUAUCUAUAUGGAUUCAAAGAAGCAGUACUUCGAUUUACUCGACUUAUAAAGGAUGUUCUAGAUUUAGUUAAUAUGUUAAGUCAGGCUCCUCAGACAGAAACUCGUAGCCGUAUUAUGAAUCCAAUCGUAACAGAAACAGAACAUACAUUGAUGAAUGGCAACUGA